AUGAUCUCUAAGACCGAACCCACUGCCGAAAGCACUUUCUGGGAUAAUGCCGACAAGCAUCUCAUGCACACCGGUGUCCCAUUCUCGCCAGUCAUCAUCUCCAAGGCUCAAGGUACAAGACUAUACGAUGCAGACGGCAAAUCAAUCCUCGACUUCACCUCUGGUCAGAUGAGUUCGCUUCUUGGACACUCUCAUCCGGAGAUCGUCGAAGUUGUCCGAAAGUACGUUGGCGAGCUCGAUCACCUGCUCAGCAACAUGAUCACACAGCCAGUAGUGAGCCUUGCUGUACGCCUGGCUAGUCUUCUGCCGGCGCCAUUGGAAAAGUCAUUCUUCCUCAACACUGGCUCCGAGUCUACAGAAGCCGCCAUCAAGAUGGCAAAAUGCUACACCGGAAAGUUUGAAAUCGUCGCUUUCACUGCAAGUUAUCAUGGACUUACUUCAGGCUCUGGAUCUGCCACAUACUCAGCUGGACGCAAAUUUGGCGGUCCGGCAAUGCCUGGUCAGCUGGCUUUCCCUGCACCAUACGCUUACCGUUCGCCGUUCAAAAAGGCCGACGGCUCAUACGAUUGGGAAACCGAGUUGGAAUGGGGUUGGGCUAUGAUCGACAGACAAAGUGUCGGUUCAUUGGCCGCCUUCAUCAUGGAACCAAUUCUCUCUACUGGCGGUAUCCUCGAUCCUCCAGUUGGAUACCUCAAACGUAUGGCCGAAGAAUGCAAGAAGCGAGGUAUGGUCCUUAUCCUCGACGAAGCACAAACUGGCGUUGGCCGAACUGGUCAGAUGUUCGCUUUCGAAAGGGACGAAAUCGUGCCAGAUAUCCUCGCACUGUCCAAGACACUUGGCUGUGGCUUGCCUCUAGCCUCUGUGACAACAACCGCAGAGAUCGAAAGGGGAUGUCGAGAAUCGCGCUUCUUGUGGCUUACCACUCACCUCAACGAUCCUCUCACAGCUGCAGUCGGAGAUAAAGUUCUCGAAAUUGUGGUGCGCGACAAUAUCUGCCAGCGGGCUCAGGAACGUGGCGCCCAACUUCGGGCCGGUUUAGAGAAGCUUCAAGAGAAGUAUUGGUGCAUUGGAGAUGUUCGUGGACGUGGUCUUUUCCAGGGUAUCGAGAUUAUAUCGGAUCCCGAGACCAAGGCGCCAGGUCUCGAUAUCGGUCAAGCGGUUUCUGACAAGGCCAUGGCUCUCGGUCUUUCAUGCAAUAUUGUGAACCUUCCUGGUAUGGGUGGUGUCUUCAGGUUAGCACCACCUGUCACUGUAUCUGCUGACGAGAUCGAGGAGGGUCUUCAGAUUCUUGAUGCAGCAUUUGGUGCGGUCUUGAAGUCACACAGUAAAGUUCGUGGUGGCCACGAGCAACCCGCUCUCCCUCUUUGA